GCGCGGGGGCUGAGGGGACGCGGGAGCGAGCAUGGCCAAGGCGUGCGGCGUGAGGCUGAGCGGGGAGGCCCGAAGGCAGGUGGACGCCUUCCGGGAGGGUCUCUUCAGAGAGGCGGAAGAGUUGGUGUCCGUGUUCCUGCCCCAGAAAAUCGCCCAGCUGAGUCAGCUGCUCAAGAACGACUCCCUCAAUGUGGCGGACCCGUCUUCCCUCCGAGCCCCGUUGGACAUCCCCAUUCCGGACCCCCCGCCCAAGGACGAUGAGAUGGAGACGGACAAGGAGAAGAAGGAGGUCCUCAAGUGCGGCUUCCUCCCCGGGAAUGAGAAGAUCCUGAAGCUCCUCGCCCUUGUUAAACCCGAGGUCCGGAUCCUCAAAGAGAAGUGUAUUCUGGUGAUCACCUGGAUCCAACACCUGAUCCCCAAGAUUGAAGACGGCAAUGACUUCGGCGUGGCCAUCCAGGAGAAAGUGCUGGAACGAGUGGCGGCCGUGAAGACCAAGGUGGAAGGGUUCCAGACGGCCAUCGCCAAGUAUUUCAGUGACCGUGGGGAGGCCGUGGCCAAAGCCUCCAAGGAGACCUAUGUGAUGGAUUACCGGACCCUGGUCCACGAGCGGGACGAGGCAGUUUACGGGGAGCUGCGGGCCAUCGUGCUGGACUUGCGCGCCUUCUACGCAGAGCUAUACCACGUCAUCUACAGCAACCUGGAGAAGAUCACCAAUCCCAAAGGAGAGGAGAAGCCGUCUAUGUACUGAGCGGCUGGGGCAGACUGGAAAUAAACCGCCUGGGUCCUCGCC